CAAAAUAGCUCUGUAUUUAAUGAAAUCAAUGAAAUCACUUAUAAUGUGACAGAUACUGUGAUAGGAAGAGUAACAAAAGGCCCUACAGCAAGCAUCAGUGCAGUAAUUGGUUCCUGUCCUCUUGUCCUUUAAGAGAUAAAAGCUCCAUUCAUUCAUGUAGUGCUCGGUCAGGCUGACCUGCCUCUUUAAAAGCCUUUUCAGCUGAUGGAUUAGUAUAGAACAAAAACAAAUCUAAAUAAAAAAAAACCCAAAAAAUAAAAACACCAAGAAAGUGAAAAGUGCACCAAGACUAUGAUGCAUGUGACUGAUCCAUUCUUCACAUUUCCCUCUUUCAUGUGGGUUUUGUUCAAACAUGGACAACAGGCAAAAAAGUCUAGAUUUACAAUGGCUCUUCACAUGCACAAGUAAGGCCUGUAUCUAAGCAACAGACAGAUUUAAAAGGUUUGCAAGCCUUUUUUUCAGUCCUGAAAAAAAGUGAUCUAAAACCAAUCAGGUUUAAAAUAAGGAGAGCCUGCAAACUUCAGCCAGAUUCACCGCAGGCAGUGUAGAGAAGCACAAAACCAUUGUGCAAAUAUAAAAUUCUGCAGAGAAUUCUUCAACUUUCAUCUAACAGAAUGAUUGUGAAGAGUCAUUUCGCUCAGGUGGUCUAAGUGUAUCUUCACAGAGUGUCAGGAUGGAGUUACAGAACGUGUCUGACGUCAUCUCUGCCGUGGAUUGUAGCGGAUUGGCCGUUAUAUUAGCAUUACUGUUGCUUCUACUGCUAAUUUCAUUUACAGCUUACAACAGAGGAAACAAGUCUACAUUACCAGGUCCGUACUGGUUACUGGGUCUUGGCCCCAUUCUAAGCUAUUCCAGGUUUUUGUGGACAGGUAUUGGCACAGCCAGCAAUUUCUAUAAUAAGAAAUAUGGUUGCAUGACUCGGGUUUGGAUCCAGGGAGAGGAGACACUUAUUGUAAGCAAGGCAUCUGCUGUGUACCAUGUUCUGAAGAGCAGUAACUAUGUUGCCAGAUUUGCUAGUAGAAGUGGACUGAGGUGCAUCGGUAUGGAUGAACAAGGCCUUAUAUUUAACAGCAAUGUCCCACUUUGGAAAAAACUACGCACAUAUUUUGCCAAAGCCCUAUCAGGCCCUGGUCUGCAGAGGACAGUGGGUGUGUGUGUUAGUGCCACCAAUAAGCACUUGGAGGUCCUGUGUGAUUUCACGGACUCCUCUGGUCAUGUGGAUGCCCUGAACUUCCUGCGCUGUGUCGUGGUCGACAUCUCCAACAGACUCUUCCUCCGAAUUCCUAUCAAUGAGAAAGACUUGCUACUGAAGAUCCACAAAUACUUCGACACGUGGCAGACAGUACUCAUCCAGCCAGACAUUUUCUUCCGACUAGACUGGCUGUAUAAAAAACAUCAACAAGCAGCAAAGGAGCUACAGGAGGAGAUGGGGAGGUUUGUGGAGCAAAAGCGUAAAAUCAUCAAUGCCAUGGAAAAACUGGAUGAGACCGACUUUGCAACUGAGUUGAUAUUUGCUCAGAAUCACGGAGAGAUGUCAGAAGAUGAUGUGAGGCAGUGUGUGUUGGAGAUGGUGAUUGCGGCACCAGACACUCUGUCCAUCAGCCUGUUCUUCAUGCUGGUGCUGUUGAAGCAGAAGCCAGCAGUGGAGCAGUGUAUACUGCAGGAGAUGCACAAUGUCCUAGGCGGACGGGAGAUGGAGCCGGCUGACCUGCAGAAGUUGACAGUGAUGGAGAGUUUUAUAAAGGAGUCUUUGCGGUUCCAUCCUGUAGUGGACUUCAUCAUGAGGCGAGCGCUAGAAGAUGACUUCAUUGAAGGCUACAGGGUGGCCAAAGGGACAAACAUCAUUCUGAACAUUGGACGGAUGCACAAGAGCACAGAGUUCUUUCCCAAAGCCAACGAAUUCAGUUUGGAGAACUUUGAUAACAAUGUGCCAAGUCGUUUCUUCCAGCCAUUUGGCUGUGGGCCACGUGCCUGUGUGGGGAAGCACAUAGCUAUGGUGAUGAUGAAGGCCAUACUGGUGACGAUUCUACUGCAGUUCACAGUGUGUCCUCAGCCGGGCUGUACUGUCAGCACCAUCAGGCAAACCAACAACCUCUCACAGCAGCCUGUAGAGAAGGACACACAGAGCCUGGCCAUGAGGUUCAUACCACGCACACCGAGCCCAGCCAAGCAAUGAGCAGCCUCUGGAUUUGGAUGAUAUUGUUCAAAUGCAGCAGGGUUGAAAUAAUUACGAUUAUCUUGCAACCUCAUUUUUUUUCAGUCUGACUAUGUGUGUCUCAAAAAGGGAAUCAGUAGAAAUGAGAAACUGGAAAACUAAACAACUAAGUUAACAUGUUUAUCACUUAGUGGCUUGAAACUAGGAAAUAGUUAAUAGAACUAAAUCAAAUAUUUAAUUUCUGUGGGAAACGUGUUAUACACUUCCCAAUUUUCUCACAGGUAUUAUUAUGGUUAUACCAUUAUGGUAUAAAGUUUUAGAACAUAAAAACUGCUCAUUUUUCAAAUGUGAAUAUGUGAUUUAGUUACAAUACACUUUCUCCUAGUGUUUCUACUACAUACAACACAAGUAUAAGAAAUUUCAGAUUAUUACUGAUUCAUUAGUAUUGAACUGAACUCAUUUGAGUUCAACUGAACUCAUUAGUGAAAUUAUUCACAAUGUAACAAACAUGUUUUCUUGCAUACUACACUCUGCUUUAAGAAACAUACUCA